AUGGUCACUAUUAAGAGGGGAGCAAAGAUUAUUAUGGCAAAUAUAAAUUUUAAACUUCGAGCACUCUUACUUGAUAUUGAAAAUCAACUAAGUGAUAGUAAUAUAACAGAUUUAUGUUUUUUACUUGGCGAUGAUGUACCUCGACGUGUAUUAGAUGCCUGUAAAAAAGAUCAAUCAAUGCGUGAGGUAUGGGAAACAUUGUUUAGUUGUCGAAAAAUUACACCAGACAAUGUAACAUAUUUAAUUGAACGUUUUGAACAAAUAAAUCGUAUGGAUCUGGCUGCACGUCUAAAACAAUUUUGUCAUAUCCCAUUUUCGUCAACAGUGUCAACAGUGCCAACUAGAACACCGUCAUCUCCAGCACGAGCAACAACAACAAAUGAGCUCUUUUACCAACGGAAUCCGCCAAAUUCGUCGUAG